AUGGGUUCGAUUCCGGAAAAACUUCCCUUUGAGGGCACAGUUGCAAUCCAGCCUAAUGACGCCAAGAGUGUAGCUGAUUUAUCAAGCCGUAUUGCCGCUCUCAGCAAGUCUUUAUCCCUUGAUAACAAUGAUGAGCGUCUGCAGCUUCUGCAUGAGGCUCGGUCAUUGGUUCAGGCUCUAGAAACCCCACGAGAAACUAUGAUUAGUCACUUGUGGGCGCAGCCAGCCGUGUGCUUUGCAAUUGCCAGUGGGGUUAAAUCAGGUCUCUUCAAAUUCAUGGCCCGCAGCCCUGGCCCUAAGAGCGUUGAUGAGCUUGCUUCUGCAUUACGCUUCGAUCCAGACGUGCUUUCACGCUUGAUGCGUCAUCUUGCAGCGAUGGGCUACUUGAAAGAGAUCAGAAGCAACGAGUACGAAGCUACCAACUUCACAAAGUCACUGAGCUUACCCAUCAUUGCUGAUGGGUACUCCUGUGUGCUUGGCGGGGUUUGGCCAACGUUUUCCAACUUUCCUACAUACCUCCAAAGAAACGGGUGGAAGAUAUCAAACGACCCAACGGAGGGGCCCAUAAACGACAUCAUCGGCAAGGACAGCAACUUCUUCGAGCAUGUACAGAAGAACUAUCCCGAUGGCGAGUUCCAAAAUUUCAUGGCAGGUUAUAGACAAGGCCGGGCGUCAUGGAUGGAUCCUGACUUCUUCCCCGUUGCCGACCGUCUUAUUCAAGGUGCGGAUACUUCUCCAGACUCGGCUUUCAUUGUCGACAUCGGUGGCGGUAUUGGCCAGGACUUGGACGAAUUUUGCCGUAAACGCCCCGAAGCGCCUGGCCGCCAUAUUCUCCAGGACCUACCACAUGUUAUCUCACAAGUCCAGAAUCUUGACCCCAAAAUUGAAACAAUGAACUAUAACUUUCAUAACGAACAGCCAGUGAAGGGCGCAAGGGCUUACUAUUUACACUCUGUUCUUCACGACUGGACUGAUGAAGUUUGUGUGGACAUUCUCGCUCGUGUAACUGCUGCGAUGAAGCCAGGGUAUAGCAAACUUCUGGUUAACGAGCAUGUCAUACCUCCGACGGGUGCCAACUGGCAGGAGACAGCAGUUGAUAUGGUUAUGAUGACUAUCUUCGCGUCAAGGGAAAGGACCGAGAAGCAGUGGUACAAAUUACUAGAGUCAGCGGGGCUUAGAAUUGUGAAAACAUGGUCAAAGGGAGAGGGAGUGGAAAGUCUUAUCGAGUGUGAGUUGGCUUGA